CGUGACUAGAGGUCAGCUGAUUGUCACGGACGAAGAUCCCGAAACCUUAGCCCAGCGUGAUCAGGAGCAGAGGACAGCAAGUGUCGAUCAAAAAGACGAGAAGAUGUCUGGAAAAGAGAGGAUCGACAUCUUCCCCUCCAGAAUGGCUCAGACCAUCAUGAAGGCUCGGCUGAAAGGAGCGCAGACUGGCCGCAACCUGCUGAGGAAGAAAUCUGACGCUCUCUCCAUGCGCUUUCGUCAGAUCCUUCGCAAAAUUAUUGAAACUAAAACCAAAAUGGGAGAGGUCAUGAGAGAAGCAGCGUUUUCUUUGGCUGAAGCCAAAUUUGCAGCUGGAGACUUCAGUACGACUAUAAUCCAGAACGUCAACAAAGCCCAGGUCAAGGUCCGAGCCAAGAAGGACAAUGUUGCAGGUGUCACUCUUCCGGUUUUUGAGCAUUACCAAGAAGGUGGAGACAGUUAUGAGCUCACUGGUCUGGCUAGAGGAGGAGAGCAGCUCUCCAGGUUGAAGAGGAACUACGCCCGAGCUGUUGAGCUGCUCGUGGAGUUGGCCUCCUUGCAGACAUCUUUUGUCACUCUGGAUGAGGCCAUAAAGAUCACCAACCGCCGUGUGAAUGCCAUUGAGCAUGUGAUUAUUCCCAGGAUCGAUCGAACUCUCACCUACAUCAUCACAGAGCUGGAUGAGAGAGAGCGAGAGGAGUUUUACAGGCUGAAGAAGAUCCAGGAGAAGAAGAAGCAGCUCAGGGAAAGGACGGAGCUGGAGAUCGCGGCGCGCCUGGCUAAGCUGGGUCCCAUCGCGGAGCCCGCCAACAUGCUGACAGAGGAGACAGAUGAGGACCUGUUGUUUGAGUGAAGCGCUCUGCAUUUCCAACCUCAAUCACUUCACUCCUAUUUAUUUUGUGCCUCUCUGGCCAAGUCAGUCUUCUUAAUCAAGUGAGAAAAGUAUUUUUUCGUGCGCAUGUGUGUGUGUGUGUGUGUAUCCACAUCUGUGCUGAUUUGUUCUGUUGUUCCAGUGCUGGAAGUUGCGAGUGUUUCCAUACGUGUCACUGUACAGGAACUAAAGUGUCGCUCCUCUUUGGUGUUACCAACAACAGUUAAAAUAAAAAGGAAAAAGCAAAUAUCACAAAGAAUGUUUACACAUGGUUCACAAGUGAAAUUAAAUAAGCAUUCCGUGUGACUGAACUACGUGUAGAUAUUUUAGUUUUCUCCAUUGCAUGCUGUAAAGCUUAAGGUGGUUGUAGAUGUCAGACGGUGUGAGUCUGUUUCGUGGAAGUUCGUCCCGCUACUGACAUCAUAUCCCGGGGGUUACCUCAGUGGACUGUUUGCCAUUACAACAGAACCUCCUAAAUGUGACCCUGCUGUAAAAUUUGAUGUUUAAGUCUACUAAGUCCACUACUUCAAAGGAAUAAAAA